CGAUAGAGGGCGCUGUGGCGAUCAAAGCAGGCCGAACAUCCGCAGCUUUACCUCACUGCCCUUCCAGCAGCAUCUCACCUUCAACCGGCCUGACGCACAUCCACCGCCGCACCCGAAAAGGAAAAGAAAAAAACACGAGAGAAAGACAGUCUCAAACAAACCAACAGUUGAAAUCGAGACACAACAGAGUCGGGUUUUCAUUUUUUAAUGAUGUAGGAGAUCGUUUUGCGGUUUGAAAUCUAAAUUCAGUCUGCCAGCUUCUCUGCGACACGGAAACACCAUCCAGCUGCGCAUAGAUAAAUUGCAUCCUCUCGCAGCUUGUCGGGAUAAAACCAUCCAACCUCUCCGCCGUCUACAGAGUCCCCUCGACGUAGAAGGACUAAGUCACUGCGCAUCCCUACUCUUUUAUUUUUACGGUCAAAUCAGGCCCCGAUCAGCGACGGGUCGCCUCCAGCCUCGGCAGCAUCUUUCCUCUCAGAAAGCAGCAUCCUUCCUCCUUGAAUCUGCGCAAUGGCCGAGAUCCCAGCGGAGUGUAACAUAAAAGUGUUAUGUCGCUUUCGUCCUCUCAACCAGUCAGAGAUUCUACGUGGGGACCAGUUUAUCCCCAAAUUCCAAUCAGACGAUACUGUCGUCGUCGGGGGUAAAUCCUACGCGUUUGAUCGGGUGUUUCCGACCAACACCACCCAGGAGCAGGUGUACAACACCUGUGCCAAGCAGAUUGUCAAGGAUGUUCUGGGUGGAUACAAUGGCACUAUCUUCGCAUAUGGACAAACCUCCUCCGGGAAGACUCACACCAUGGAGGGCAAGCUGCAUGACCCUCACCAAAUGGGCAUCAUUCCUCGCAUCGCUGAGGAUAUUUUCAAUCACAUCUUUGCUAUGGAUGAAAACCUGGAAUUCCACAUCAAGGUUUCAUAUUUUGAAAUCUACAUGGACAAAAUCCGUGACCUGCUGGAUGUGACAAAGACCAACCUGUCAGUCCAUGAGGAUAAGAAUAGGGUGCCAUAUGUCAAGGGAUGUACUGAGCGUUUUGUCUCCAGCCCUGAUGAGGUUAUGGAUGUAAUCGAUGAAGGCAAAGCUGCCCGCCAUGUUGCUGUGACCAACAUGAACGAGCACAGUUCUCGCAGCCACAGCAUCUUCCUGAUCAACAUCAAGCAGGAGCAUGUGGAGACUGAGCAGAAACUUUGUGGAAAGCUGUACCUGGUGGAUCUGGCUGGCAGUGAGAAGGUCAGUAAGACUGGAGCUGCAGGAGCUGUCCUGGAUGAGGCUAAAAACAUCAACAAGUCUCUUUCUGCUCUGGGAAAUGUCAUCUCUGCGUUGGCUGAGGGCACGAAAAGCCACGUACCCUACCGUGACAGCAAAAUGACCCGCAUCCUGCAGGACUCCCUCGGUGGGAACUGUCGCACCACCAUGUUCAUCUGCUGCUCUCCCUCCAGCUACAACGACGCAGAGACUAAAUCUACUCUAAUGUUUGGACAACGCGCCAAGACCAUCAGGAACACCGCCUCCAUCAACCUGGAGCUGACGGCGGAGCAGUGGAAGAGGAAGUACGAGAAAGAGAAGGAGAAGAACAAGACUCUGAAGGAAACUGUCCAGAAGCUGGAGAUUGAGCUCAACCGCUGGAGAAAUGGAGAGGAGGUGCCUGAGACGGAGCAGACCACUGCAGACGUGGUGACCCGUUUUGAGACCGUGGAGGAGCGUCCCAUUUUGGACAACGACACCUCCUCCAUUGUGGUUCGCAUUUCCGAGGAGGAGCGGCAGAAGUACGAGGAGGAGAUCCGCAAGCUCUACAAGCAGCUGGAUGAUAAGGAUGAUGAGAUCAACCUGCAGUGCCAGUUGGUAGAGAAACUGAAGCAGCAGAUGCUGGACCAGGAUGAGCUCCUAGCCUCAUCCAAGGGCGAUGGGGACAAGGUCCAGGCUGAACUCGGCAGGCUUCAGGUGGAGAGCGACUGCGCCAAGGCUGAGGUGAAGGAGGUGCUGCAGGCUCUGGAGGAGCUUGCCAUCAACUAUGACCAGAAGAGCCAAGAGGUGGAGGAGAAGGGCCUGCAGAACCAGCUGCUGGCUGACCAACUGUCCCAGAAAAUGGCCAGUCUGAUGGAGCUGGAGGCAGAGUUGUCUCGUAUGCAGGAAGUGAGCGGGCAGCAGAGGAAACGCAUCGCUGACGUCCUCAACGGUCUGAUGAGGGACCUCAGUGAGUUCAGCACCAUCGUGGGCAACGGGGAGAUCAAGCUGCCGGUGGAGAUUAGCGGUGCGAUUGAAGAAGAGUUCACGGUGGCUCGCCUCUACAUCAGCAAGAUCAAGUCAGAGGUGAAGAGCAUGGUGAAGCGCUGCCGCCAGCUGGAGAACAUGCAGCUGGAGUGCCACCGCAAGAUGGAGGAAACCGGGAGGGAGCUCUCCUCAUGCCAGCUCCUCAUCUCCCAGCAUGAAGCUAAGAUCCGCUCGCUGACAGAGUACAUGCAGAGCGUGGAGCAGAAGAAGAGGCUGCUGGAGGAGAGCCACGACUCCCUGAGCGAAGAGCUGGCCAAGCUGCAAGACCAGGAUAACUCCCUGCUUGAGGAAAAGGAUGGAGAGAAGGGUGAGACUGAGGAUGGAAAUGUGAAGAAGGUUUCUCGUCAGCAGGAGUCUCACCGUGGCCUCCAUCACCAGCAGCUGGCCCGCCUGCGGGAUGAGAUCAAUGAGAAGCAGAGGAUCAUUGACGAGCUCACUGAUCGUAACUCCAAGCUGGAGCUGGAGCUGGCUCAUGUUCGCGCUGACUUUGAACGCCUGAAGAGUCAGGACAACACUAAGAGUGAGCGUCUGGAGGAGCUCUCAUUCCUGCAUGAGCGCCAUGAGCAGACUAAACAGGACUUGAAGGGUCUGGAGGAGACUGUCGCCCGCGAACUCCAGACCCUCCACAACCUGCGCAAGCUGUUCGUUCAAGACCUCACGUCGCGGGUUAAAAAAAGUUCCGAAAUGGAGCCUGAUGAUAGCGGGGGGUCUUGCACCCAGAAGCAGAAGAUUUCCUUUCUUGAGAAUAACCUGGACCAACUUACAAAGGUUCACAAACAGAUUCCAAUUUUCCCACCCUGUGUCAUUUCUCACCCCUCCCUCUGUCUCUCUCCCUUCCAGCUGGUACGUGACAAUGCAGAUCUGCGUUGUGAGCUUCCAAAGUUGGAGAAACGUCUUCGGUCUACUGCUGAGAGAGUUAAGGCCCUGGAGACUGCACUGAGGGAUGCCAAGGAGGGUGCAAUGAUGGACCGCCGCCGCUACCAGCAGGAGGUCGACCGCAUCAAGGAUGCCAUGAGGGCAAAAAGCGCCCUGAGGCGCCCGCAUGCAGCACAGAUUGCUAAGCCAGUGAGACCAAAGCAGCUGCCCGUCUGCUCUCCCACCAACCCGUUCUACACUUACAUCCGUGCCACUGAACAGGCCAAUACCUACAGCAACGCCCUCUUCCAGGGCAACGUGACACAGCCGAGCGCUGCCAGCUCAAACUGCAACCCAAACUCUGUCCAGAGUAACACAGUUUCCACAGCGCUGGGCUACAGAGCAGGCAGAUAUACUGGAGACAUACUGGAGUCCUUCCCACUCAACAUUGACAACGCAGGUAACAGUAUCAGUGAAACGAGAGACAUCAAUGACAACAGAAGUGAUGUUUACUGUGGCAACGAGGUGGAUGAUUCAAACAGGCAUUACAUCAUUCAGCAGGAGACCGCCGCAAGUUAAUGCCAUGAAGAUGACCAAACACUGUACCCGUCCAGGGACCCUCCCCUUCCAUCUGCAUGCAGCCUGUCUCCCCCGUCCCUCCACUGCAUCACUGAUGAAGAUGAUGAUGAAGAUCUGUAGCCCUGUAGUCUUCAAACUAGAUGAAGCCCCUCCAGCUCCUUUGGUGACCACUAUCUACCUUAGGUUUGGGGUCCAGUCCCUUCCAGUUUAUUCAGUAGAGGAAGUAAAUUAGACCAGAAUUCGUUUUUUUAAAUACAGAACUUCACUUAAUCAACUCAUUGAUCUCUCGGCCAAUCAAUUUGUCACCAGAUAUCACUGACGCUGAUUACCUCCUGAGGUGGUUGAGCUGAAACGGGACUUACUCCAUCCCUGACGACUUAGUACACACAUGUUGUAAAUAAUAGUGCUGUAUACUCCAGUAGAGGUUUUUGACCAGCAACAUUUCCAGCCUCCACAUCUUCUUAUGGGCAACAUGUGAAUGACAUACUGUAGGCAGACGUGACCUUUUUCUCUGUCUUAAAUAAGAGUGUAGUGUGUAACGCCAGCUUGUAACAGAAGACCCACACUCUGCAUGCAUGUCGCUUAGCAGGUUAGCUUUCAAAUCUUUGCAUGUGUCCUGAUUCCAGUCAGGAGCUGGUAUGCUUUGAGUGUAGAGUCUGAUCGACUUCGACAGAUGUCACACACACAGAGAGAGAGAGAGAGAGAGAGAGAGAGGGAGAGAAAAAGAGAAAAAGAGAAAGAGAAAGAGAGAGAUUUUCCGAUCCUAUUUUAAAGUAAAACUGGUCUGUUGUGUUAAUGUGGCUCGAACAGAGGAAAAACAACAAAAACACAUCACAAGUAGACAUAAGGAAAAACGUGUCAGGGAAACCCAGUCUGUGUCAAGGAAACCUUUUGUUAUUGCUUUGAUACUGUGAUGUUGCAGCUGUAUGAUGCCAUUGUAUAUUUCAGGUAAUAUUACCCACUUCCAUUUAUUGUGGAUCCCACCCUGCAUUGCGCCGACACCUUGUGAGUCUUCAUAUCGAGCCUUAACAAGAGCUGACUUCUCAUGAUCAAACUAACACGUGUGCAUACAUUUGUAAGUACUACCUCUAGAGCUACUCAUUAUACACCUAUUACACUAUACUAACAUCCUCUUAGAUGUUGAAUAAGAGCUGAUCUUAAAGUUUCUAGAGAAAAAUGCAACUUUAGUACAUCAUUAGCUGUAAGUAGAUUUAAAAGCUCUUAUCAGAGCAGUAGUUAUAUUCUUCUGAAGUUCAUUCAUACACAGAUUUGUCGUCCAACACAACAGAGAAUCAGGGCUGGGCUGAAAGCGUGCUUGCAAAAAUAUUCUAGUGCAGGACCAGAAAGUUUGGGUUUACCACGUAAGGUGAGAUUAAGGUAUACUACAUUGAUUUUCAAAUAUUUCCCUAAACUUUCUGGUGCUUGAUGCAUUGUCCUAUUUGGUACCUAGUAAGGCUGAAAUUGUAAUGUGUGCAUCCUUUGUCUCCUAAUGUAAAGUCAGACAAUGUAUUGUCUAAACACUUUUUAGACUAUAUGGAUGUAUUUUUAGUGAUUCAACAGCUUUUUAAACAGACCCAUCAACAGUCUGAUGAUUAGGGAGUGUCUACAAGCGAGCCCCCAGCUGAGCAGCCACCAGUCUGGGAUGGACAGACCGUUUCUUGUUGUUUGUAGCUUGUUGUCAAAGCGUGCUGUUAUUCUUCUGUCAGAAAUCCUGACCAGCCAAUCAGGAUAGAAGAUUGCAACAUGUCUCCGAUGGGUGGCAAACAUAUGGAUGUGUUUGGACUGAGCUGAGUCACUGAAUUAAAGGACAGAUAAGAGCAGAAGUGUGUCGCUCUUAAAGGAAACAUGCUUUACACCAAACAGCUUUUAAAUAACAAAAUCAAUUUAACAUUGAAAAACAUUUCUCUAUGCUAAGUUUAGUGUAUUACAUGGCAUAACUGGAUUAUUUAGCCCAAAUAGGACCUGAGUAUUUAAAUUGUCCAAUACCUAACAGCCUAAUUUAUGACAGCACCGCUCUGUUUCAUGCUCUAUGCUCAUAAACAACAUCUCAGGGCUUCACAUUCACAAUCACAGCCGCCAUGAGCCAUCACCACUGUCUUCCUCAUGUGAGUGCUGAUGAAAAAUCAGGUCAGCGGGUAUUCUUUGAGGCUUAGCAGAUAAAUGGGAUGAUAAAUCUACAGAAAUAACAUUUUAUACAUAGUGUAAUUCUAGCAAAUAACAUCUGAAAUAAAAAAAAUCUUUCUGGUCAGACCCUACUGUAUGUGUCCAAGCAAACCCUCUAUUUGACAUCAUGUUUCAAGUAUAAUAAGUAAAUCCGAAGGAGGGGCGGGAUUUGUACUAUAUUGCCACCUGCUGUCAAACUGUCUUAUUUCAACAUAUCUAAAAUACAUGUGCUAUAUAUUGUUAAUCUUGUAAGUAAAAUAGCUUGCCAUGACAUAGUAAAAUGCAAAAGAAAUGCACACACUAAUUUCGGUCAAAGAAAUGUUUGUUUUAUUUAUUUCUGUAUGCCUAUACUGUAGCGUCAACAUGAUUAUGUGAAGAAUCACAGUUCUGUAUAUAUAGACUCAUCACUAUGCUGUAUUGUAUGUGAAUCAUUGUGUUGUAGUAAAAAGUUCAAUAAACUUUAGAAAGGAA